AUGAGAUUCACGAACUCGGCUCUCCAGCUACUAAUGCUGUACCGACUCGCGUCGGCAUCACCAUGCAAGCCCUCGUCUGUGUUGUCAACAAGCAUCGCCGACUCUACACUCUCUACGGCUGUUUCUGUGAGCACAUCAGUUCAAGAAACUGAAACAUCGACAACCUUCUUGUCCCAGCCCACUACUACCGCAAGCGAGACUAUUUCAGACUCAAUCACCACCUCUAGUUCCGAGCCUUCAACUAUCGCUGGCAGCACUACCACCACUGUCGCAUCGGGACCAACCAAUAUCCUCCUCAAUCCCGGCUUUGAAGAAAACACGAUCGACCCAUGGCAGCGACUCGGCUCCUUCGGAACUGUUUCCCUAUCCGACGACGCUUUCAAGGGUGAUCGAUCGGGCCAUUUCAAGUUACCAACCAGCCCUGGAGGGCCCUCAUCCGUGGGCUUCAGGCAGAAUAUCAGCCCCUCCUUAAUCAAGCCAAACAGAGAAUAUCAACUUUCGGUCCACUAUAAGACGAUAUCUGCCACGGGCUGCAACAAUCCGCAAUACAUAUCAUGCAGCUUCGGUGGUGGCUACUUUCAGCUUCAGGGCUUUAGUGGACCCUUUGGCGAAUGGGGUUCAGUGACAACCACAUGCUCCUGGACUGAGGAACGAUUACAGCGAGGACCAAGUAUUGAAGUUCGGAGUUCAUGUGAGACUUACGAACUUGACAUUGAUGAAGCUGUUUUGAUCGAAGUUCUUGACUAG